AUGGACGUACUAGAAGCCAUUGCCCUGAAUCCCAAAUACCACGAUGUCCUUACCAUCUUGAAAGGUUUCCGUAAUGGUAUUGUCUAUGGUACUCGAAUCCGGUUCCCACAUGCGCUUGUCAUGGCCUUUUUGUUCAAGUCUGGAACUACAAUGGAUAAGUUCCGGUACGUCUUUAGAGCAACCAAGCAACACGCACAGAACCUGGGUACGUUUGCGACAAUCUACAAGGUGGCCAUGUUUGUGCAGAAAAAGUUGAAUGGAAACAAGCAGGCGGAUAUACACACAUUUGUUGCUGGUCUCUUGGGUGGCUAUUUUGUAUUCGGCGAGAAUAAUGCCAUCAACCAACAGUGGACUAAACGGAAACGUGAUUGGCCCAAGAUUGUCUUGUACAUCUUUGCCCGUGUAGCGAUUGCACUCGUCAAGGUGCCUGUCAAACGACAAGUGAUCGAUGCACCUCAACACACAUACCCUGUCUUUGCAGCAGUAAGCUGGGGCCUGGUCAUGUACCUGUUCCACCGUGACGAAGACACCCUCCAACCCUCGCUUCGUGCAUCCAUGCAAUAUAUCUACCGCGACUCGGAUUCCUGGGAUUCCCUUCGUACUUUAAUAUGGCACAACAAGUAA